AUGGAACAUUUGCGCGUGUUCGGCUCUACCGGGUACGCUCGUGUGGAAGACGGCAAACUCAAGGGGUACCGGGUGUACGACUUGGAGUCAAACAGGCUCAAGUUGUCACGUUCGCUGAGACUGGAUAAACGGGAGGUCAGCGGUAUCUACGAUACGGCUGUACCGAACCAUUCGACAAUCGUCCCUGUGACUAAGGAGGUGGAUGAUUUAGUGCAGCAUGAAGACGUGCAGCCAUGGGUGGAACCUACCGUCGACGAACCAUUGCCGCCUGCUGAGGAGGGACUCGGCGGCGAUGACGUAAAAAUGCAGGAAGUUGAAGCGGAGCCGUCAUCGACGAGUAGAGAGCUGAUGACGUACAGAAGAUCUUCAAGGUUGACGACCGGUGACAACAUGGUGUUCCACCCGUGGACGGAUCGUGCUUGCCAAGCAGAGACACCGAUGCUACUGCUUAACGAUGGCUCCCCGAAUCACGAAUCGGUGAUUGCGGAAUCGACGAGCAACGACGAGUACCCUUCGACCAACAGUGAUCCUGACAACGACGACCACUUCUGGCCACCAUCGCCCAAGCGACGCGCAUAA